GCUCGUGCUGGCGGAGCUGCUCGUUUCAGCCGUGGAUCCUAUUACACAACUGCCGUCGUCUCCAAACCCCGUCCGUGGGAUACUCUACAUCCUCUCAGUUUUACACUCGCUCCCUUCUCUAUCACCACCUUUUUUUCUUUCCCAUCUUCCCUCCCCUCUCCUCAUCCUCGAGCAUCCUCUCGCAAGUCUUCUUGCCCGCCUGGCUAACUUUUCCACCCGACUCCAUCCCACACAACCUCCUCCAUCGUCUCCCCCCCCGCCCCCAGUCCUCUUAUUGCUGCAGCCUCCCCAGGAUCGGGCGGAACCCAUUUGGUCAGUCUGCACGGGGUACUGCUACAUGGGGCGCACGGUCUCGCUCGGAAAAUGGUCUGCUGUCGGUCUCUAGGCGCCCCGCUGAACCUGCCGGGAUUGGAGUUGUCGGUGCGCGUCUGCGUCUCUUCCCCACCUCGCCUGUGCUGUCGGGACCAGUGAGAUAUGGGUCUCUCUGUGGCGGCGCAGGCACCGCUCGAGGAGCCCCGACGGCUGCGCCAGUGGAGCGGCGCGGCGGGAGGUUGGCUCAGGAUCACCCUCGUCUCAUUUCUCGCCACUUUACCUGUGGAGCAGCUGCGCGCCUUCCCUUCCUCCCUGAGCGACUGCCAGACGCCGACCGGAUGGAACUGCUCCGGUUUUGAUGACCGGGACACAGACCUGUUCUUGUGCGACACCAACACAUGCAAGUUCGAUGGGGAGUGUCUAAGAAUUGGGAACAUGGUGACAUGUAUCUGCGAUUUCAAGUGCAACAAUGACUAUGCCCCAGUGUGCGGCUCCAACAAUCAGAACUACCAGAACGAGUGUUUCCUGCGCAGAGAUGCCUGCAAGCAGCAGUCUGAAGUACUCAUUAUGUCAGAAGGCGCCUGUCCUGCUGAUGCUGGCUCAGGAUCAGGAGACGACGGAGGGGAGGGCUCAGCCGAGGCAGGCCAGAAGGAAACCUCCACCUGUGAUAUUUGUCAGUUUGGGGCCGAGUGCGAUGUGGAUGCGGAGGACGUCUGGUGUGUUUGCAACAUCGAUUGUUCCCACAUCAGCUUCAACCCGGUGUGUGCAUCAGACGGUCGUUCCUAUGACAACCCCUGCCAGGUGAAGGAGGCGUCCUGUCAGAAGCAGGAACGCAUCGAGGUCAAGUACCUGGGCCACUGCCAAGGUGACAUCAUAACUGGGAACAAAGGCGAAGACGGACACUUUGCACGGACCGACCUCACAGUAGUGGAAAAAGAGGAUCCGCUGGCCCGCGGCCUGUACAUCCCCUGUCCAGAUCACUACAAAAACUACUGCGUCCAUGGAGAGUGUCAGUUCCCCAGUAUCCUGGCCCAGCCCUCCUGCAGCUGUCACUCGGGUUUCAGAGGCCCCCAGUGUGACAUCAAAGAGUACAACGUGCUCUACGUGGUGCCGGGCUCUGGCAAACUGCACUAUGUCCUCAUCGCCUCUAUCAUUGGAGCACUCCAGGUGGUCAUCAUCUGUGUGGUGGUGCUCUGCAUUACCAGGAAGUGCCCACGGACCAACAGGAUCAACCGGCAGAAGCAGAACAAUGUCCACUUCAGUUCAGAGAACACCAUGCGCGCCUCCACUCGACUUAUCUGAGCCCAGACAAACCGGACAGAGUCCCCCUCCACUUUACGGAGCGCUGUGGUGUUAGAUGUUCCCCCUUGUAGGCCAACCCCGAAAACUAGGAUCUGCUUCCCCUCACUCCUCGCCCCCUCUCUCCCAGUCUGAACUUUAAGAAUGCCCGGGGAGGACACGGUGGCAUCGCAAAGACAGAGCUGGCGUGCACCAGCGAUGAUGAUGUUGUCAUCGGCCGCCGCCGCCGCCACCAACCCCCCCAAGUUGCCGAUGUGUCUCUUUGCACCUUGUCACUUCCGCCCAGGGUUUUUCUGAAAAACUGAACCAUGAGGUGUUGGGGGGCGCUGAGGAUGCAGAAUGUGUGCAUAUGCGUGUGUGUGUGUGUGUGUGUGUGUGAGUGUGUGUGUGUGUGUGUGUGUGUGUAUGUCUUACAUGUGUGAGCUUUGGUAGAGGCGGGCUAGCCGGUGUCUGUCAUUUGUAGAUGAGGGGUUAAAGCAAAUCGGGGUAGUGCAAAGCAGGGUAAUGGGCUUUAAAUGAGGUGUGUGUUGUCCGGUCUGGGAGGGGGGUGGGGGGUUCGGGGGUUCGGGGCUACACGUGA